AUGUGUAGUAGGGCGUGCCUGACAACGAACCUGGUGGGCGGACUGGGCAACCAGCUUUUCCUCGUUGCCAACCUGAUCGCCGCCUCUAAGCGUAAUAAUGUUCCUGCUGUGCUGCAGCGCCUGUCGAGCAGCAGCAGCAACGAGCAGCCGCGGCCCGUUUACUGGCAGUCCAUCUUCGAGUCACUUGAGGCGUGCGGCGUGAGUGGCGACGUCCCCAGUGGCGUGCCGGAAGUCAUCGUGCCGGAGCGGCGACCCGCGGCGCCAGUCGUGGUGGACGCGUCGGUGCGCUGCUUAUACAACAUGGUGGGCUUUUUCCAGUCCGAGGCGUUCUUUGCCGAUCACCCCAUCGUGCGGGAUGUCGUCCCCGCGAGGCUGUGGGAUGCGGCGGCCAAGCACCUGCAGGACAACUAUGGUGACCCCAGCGGUCUGCAGUACGUCGGCCUGCACAUUCGCCGCGGCGAUUACCUGCGCAUGCGUGAUGUAUUCGCGACGCUGGAGGUCGACUACUACGACGCAGCGGUGCGGCAGCUACUAGGCCGCCGUCUGCAGCAGCAGUCGAUGGGGCAGCGUGGCGUUCACGUUCUUGUCUUCUGCGAGGACGAACGCUACGGCGCGUCUGUUGUCGGCUACUUCCGCAGCAAGUAUGCCGGCCUCGAGGUGUCCCUGGUUUGUGCCACCGCGGAGCGCGUGGCGUUUGCGUGCGACAGCCACGCGCCGAGGGAGGUGCUGGAGCUGCUGAUGCUGGCCUCCUGUGAUGAUGUGGUCAUGGCGAACUCGUCGUGGUCGUGGUGGGCAGCCUACCUCAACACGCGUCCGCUUCGCCGCGUCGUGGCGCCGUCACGGUGGUUUGUGCAGCACCCUUACCCACAGUCGAACCAUCUUUACUGUGGCAACUGGAUCCUCCUUUGA